AUGUGCUGGUUUUCCCGUUACGGCUCACCCUUGCGCAUCACAACUGAUCAAGGACGCCAAUUUGAGUCAGCAUUAUUUCGUGCCCUUGGAAAGACCUUCGGUGUAGAGCGAAUCAGAACUUGCGGCUAUCACCCUUGUGCUAAUGGUUUAGUCGAGAGAUUCCAUCGGCAGUUUAAGGCAGCUCUCAUGUGCCACAAUGAUUCAACAUGGCUUGAAGCACUUCCCAUCGUACUACUCGGCAUUCGCAGCGCAUAUCGUGAAGACCUUCAGGCAUCUACUGCCGAAUUAGUUUUUGGCCACCAACUCCGUCUACCUGGAGAACUUCUAGACCUCCCUCAAGACACAACUCGUGAGGAGGACCCGGCUGACUAUGUAGUUCGCUUACGUCGACACAUGUCAAAUUUAAGACCUGUGCCCACAUCUUGGCAUGAUAAACCAAAGACCUUCGUUUUUCAGGAGUUAAAACGGUGUACUCACAUAUUUUUGCGAGAUGACUCUGUUAGACGAUCACUACAACCACCUUAUACUGGACCGUUUCCCGUAGUAUCUCGUGAUGAUAAAACUAUGACUAUAAUCCAUCGUGGUAAACGUGUGAAGGUGACGUUGGACAGAGUAAAGCCCGCGUAUCUAUUGCAAGAUCUUACUCCUUCAACACAUACACCCAUCCAUAAUAAACAUUCCAGAAAUCCACCCUCCACAGUGUUCCCACUCAAGACCCUACUCUCAAGCCAACCCAAGCCUUACGUGACCCGAUCUGGUCGUACUGUGAAAUUUAUAGUGCCCUGUCUUCCAGUCUCCGCAGGGGGCUAA